GCUGUCAUCCCGAAUGCUGACUGGUUGAGUCAGUGGCAAUGACUGCACGAUCUGGGCAUGACGACCCUGGCACCCUGGUUAUCGAAAUCAAUGGCGGUCCGACGUGCAGUAUUUUUUCCAUCCAGUGUUAAAAGCAACUACAGAAACCAUCCUGUCCGGAUCAGUGGACUGAUACAAGAUUUUGUGGGGUCUGACUUUGAUAUCUUGAAGCUCAAACUUCUCAAUCUACAAUUUCUGUUGACGCAUAUUCUCACGACAUCCCUUUGAGUCGGAUUUCAAGUCGAUUGCGUACCAACUUCUCUGUGUCUUGUGUCACACAACACCUUCGUACUAGCAUUGUCCGGGAGACAUCGGCCAUCAUCAUGACAACCACGCAACUCGACGCUUCCGAAGUCAAUAGCUAUGACUACCUUAUCGUGGGUGGUGGCACAGCGGUAGGCCUCCUCGGGAUAAAUCAUGAGCAUCCAUCAAUCAAAUGAGUUUGAGAGCGGGAAACAAUCAUUGGAAGACAUUAGAAAAGACACUAACAGGGCAUGAUAGGGCUGUGUCAUUGCCUCUCGACUGGCCGAAUACCUCCCACACAAGAAGAUCCUACUGAUAGAAGCUGGGCCUAGCGAUUUCAUGGACAACCGCGUCCUCGACCUCAAGCAAUGGCUCAGCCUUCUCGGAGGAGAACUUGACUACGACUACGGCACCACUGAGCAACCAAUGGGAAACUCACACAUCCGCCACUCCCGCGCCAAAGUCCUAGGCGGAUGCUCCAGUCACAACACGCUGAUAUCCUUCCGCCCGUUCGAGUACGACUGCAAAAUCUGGGAGUCUAUGGGCGCCAAAGGCUGGACUUUCCCCAUGUUCAUGCGUGUGCUCAACAAACUCCGUAACACCGUGCAACCUGUACACUCCCGGCACCGGAACCAGUUGUGUAAAGACUGGGUCGAAUCGUGUAGCACAGCCAUGAACAUCCCCGUGAUCCACGAUUUCAACAAGGAAAUCGCCACGACUGGGUCUCUCAAGCAAGGCGUAGGCUUCUUCUCCGUCUCCUACAACCCGGACGAUGGCCGCCGCUCAUCCGCGAGUGUCGCAUACAUCCACCCUAUUCUCCGGGGCGACGAAUCACGUCCGAACCUCAAAAUCCUCACCAAUGCAUGGGUUUCGCGAAUCAAUGUCUCCAAUGACAAGGUAACGGGGAUCAACCUGACUCUGCAAUCUGGAACGAACCUGACUCUCACCGCACGCACCGAGACAAUCCUCUGCGCCGGCGCCGUCGACACGCCUCGCCUCAUGCUGCUCUCUGGCCUUGGCCCGGCGGCCGAUCUCAAAUCCCUUCACAUCCCAGUGGUCAAGAACCUCCCCGGCGUCGGCGAGAACCUGAUCGACCACCCCGAGACCAUUAUAAUCUGGGAACUUAAUCGGCCCGUUCCACCUAACCAAACGACCAUGGAUUCCGACGCUGGUAUCUUCCUGCGCCGGGAAGCCCCCAAUGCAGCGGGCAAGAAGUCCACGCCCACCAACCCGCACGCCGUUCCCGAUGGUGAUAUAGCAGACGUCAUGAUGCACUGCUACCAGAUCCCGUUCUGCCUGAACACGACAAGACUCGGCUACGACACGCCCAUCGACGCGUUCUGCAUGACACCCAACAUCCCUCGUCCGCGUUCGCGAGGCAAACUCUAUCUGACCUCCGCGGAUCCCAGUGUCAAACCGGCGCUGGACUUUCGCUACUUCACGGACCCCGAAGGGUAUGAUGCAGCGACAUUUGUCUUUGGCUUGAAAGCGGCACGCAAGGUCGCACAGCAAGCGCCAUUCAAGGACUGGAUUAUACGCGAGGUCGCUCCCGGCCCGAAAGUGCAGAGUGACGAGGACUUGAGUGAGUACGCCAGACGUGUGGCGCAUACGGUGUACCACCCGGCUGGAACGACGAAGAUGGGCGAUGUGAAGAGUGACGCGAUGGCGGUUGUCGAUGAGAAGUUGAAAGUCCGCGGGUUGAAGGGUUUGAGGAUCGCGGAUGCUGGUGUGUUCCCGGUCAUGACGACCAUCAAUCCCAUGUUGACGGUGCUGGCUGUUGGCGAGAGAUGUGCAGAGUUGGUGGCGCAAGAGGCUGGCUGGAAAGGAGAUGGGUCGGUCAGGGCGAUGCUGUAAAGAAGAAGAAGCUCCCGGUAUGUUGGAUAUGUUAGGGAAGUACGGUGAGUGGCGCAGAGAUGUCCGGAUAGCAGGGGUGCUGUGACAUUGGCUGGUCGUGCCAGAGACGUACCACAUAUACUAGGACAGCGGACAAUAUGCUCUGGGUCUGAUGCGAGGCUCAGGAUGACGCGAGUCCUUGGAGACUCAAGACGGAUUCAGCAGGAAUUUGGAUAAGAGAUGAGUGACGCUGCAUCUUGUGGACGACUAUCUGGAAAGAGUCGUUGCGACGUGGCAAAUUGGCGAAGCGAUCAAGUAUGCAGAUUGGGAGCGACAAUGGAAAGAUCAAGAUCCGAAGGACCACGGCAAGGAAGUGGACGAGGCACGACAGCUUGAUGUAUGUGUGCCCAAAAAAAAGGACUGCCAGGGAUAGGCAUGGCAUGGCCUCGGCUUCUUGGGGGUCUCUGGAGUUUGGCGGUUGAUUUGUUGGGUGAACAACGCUAGUACUCUACACUGUUAGGAGACGUGUCAUAAGGCAUCUCGAAUUAGUGAACAAGACGCCGCAAUAUGAAUACGUUGGACAUAGACACAAUUCAGGAGAG